GUGACAUAUGUUGAGUAAAAGAUUUCCUGAAAGCCUCUUAUUAAAGAAGACAUAGUUACUCAUAAAGUAAGAGUCACUCGGUGGUGAGGCUGGUCAUAAUAAUCGGUAGCCUUCUUGGUUUUUGCAUUUGCAUUGCAGCAUUUGCAUUUCACUACACACAGAGCCCAAGGAGCAAAUCAUGUAAAGCCUUCAUUUUGUUGUCAUUGGAGUCGAUAGAAACUUCUUUUAAUGGGUAACAUCGCUAUGAGGAUCUUAAAGAUAGUGUUUGUCUGCCUGGGUGUGCUUGCUGCAGCAAAAAUUGUUUUCCACAGUGGAAGAAAAGAAAAUGGACAACACACAAGCGACGUGAAGUACUUUCUCACCCCAGGUCGUUUCUGGCUGCCAGAGAGUGUAUCUGGACUUAGCAAAUUGCUUGGGCAACCGACCGAAAAGAAUAAGACAAAAUCAAAGGACAAUGUAAAAAGCACUUUAAAACCCCCAGUGAAAAUGCAUGCAGGCCCUCUCCGUAUAGUGCACUUAGACCUUAAGGGUGCUCCACCCAAAGUUAGCUAUUUUCAGCAGAUCUUUCCACUUAUCUCCAGUCUUGGUGCUGAUGGGGUUUUGAUGGAGUAUGAGGACAUGUUUCCCUAUGAGGGGGAACUUGGGAUUCUCAGCUCACCUUUUUCAUACAGUCAUGAGGAAAUAGAUGAAAUUAAAAUCUUGGCCAGCCUCUACAAUCUUGAGCUGAUACCCCUGGUGCAGGUGUUUGGACAUCUGGAGUUUGUGCUAAAACAUGAAAAAUAUUUUCACUUGAGAGAAGAAAGCAACUAUCCAAACAGCCUGAACCCUGUGGUCCCUGAAAGCUUAAGUCUGGUUAAAGCCAUGUUAACACAAGUCCUGGAGAAGCACCCAGAAGCACGAUGGUUUCAUAUUGGAGCUGAUGAGGUUUAUAACCUUGGCGAGAGUGAGGACUCGAAAAACUGGUUAAAGGAAAAUAAUAAAAGCGUGGGAGCACUCUUCCUCAGCCAUGUGACAAAGGUCUGCCACUUCCUGGCUGAACAGAAGCCUGGAAUAAAGCCAAUAUUUUGGGAAGACAUGCUCAGAAAGCUUGAUGCCAACUUAAUCAAGGAAUCCGGGAUGCAAAAUCUUGCAUCGCCUAUGAUAUGGAAAUAUGAUUCGAACAUGGAUUUGUCCUUUAUGGGAGAAGUACUAUCUAACUACCAAAAGGCUGGAUUUCAAAAUGUGUGGUUUGCAAGUGCAUUUAAAGGAGCUUCAGGCAUUGACCAGAGAUGGACACCAAUCAACCACCAUUUACAGAAUCACCUAGUCUGGCUUAGGUUCAUUGACACCCUGUCUAAAUAUCCCUCUGUUAAUGUAGACGGCAUUGCUUUAACAGGCUGGCAAAGAUACGAGCAUUUCACGGUGCUAUGUGAACUGCUUCCUGUGGCCAUCCCUUCUCUGGCUGUCUGUCUAGAAGCUCUAAAGUAUGGUUCAUUUAAUGAAACAGCCAAAACUGAGGCAGAAAACAUUUUAGGCUGUAAAAUUGACAUAGAAGCUAACAGCUGUAAAGACACUGGGACAUUUGCAGGUUCUGAAAUAUAUUACAUGGUGCAAAGAAUCCACAAUGAACUUCAGAAAUCCACCGAAAAAAUAAUUGACGAUCGUCUCCUGAGAGGAUCAUUCAGUCGUUACCAGAGGAAGUACAACUUUGCCAAUCCACGGCAUGUUAAAUCUUUGAAGGGUACGAUAAUCAAAGUGGCGGAAGAGUGGAAUGGCUUUAUGGAGAAGUUCAGGAGGGAAAUGAGUACUAUCUUCUUCCCGGAUACUGUGGAGGAGUGGAUGGAAGAGAAUGUUAACCAACACUUGGACAAACUCCACAGCUUAGCCAAAGAUUUAGAACGCAUUGAUAAAUUCAAAGGACAACCAAAAAACCUAAACUUUGUACAAUGAAAAGACCCCCCCCCCCCCCAACUUAAAAUAACUACGGUAAUGAUUCAGACUAAAUAUUGUCAAUCUGAACGAGCAUAACCGUUUAUCCUGUACAGGGUCAUUGGAAGUCCAGAGACUAUCCCAGUAAAACCCUCGGCACUAGGUGGCAUACACCCUGGACGGGGUGGCAGUCCAUCACAGCACAACAAGCACACACACACACACACACACACACACACACAUACACACACUCAACACAAUUCAGAAACACCAAUCAGCCUGUCUGUAAUCUGCAUGUCUUUAGACUAUGGGAGGAGACCCACCAAGCACAGGAAGAACCCUGAGAACACAGAACACAGGGAGAACUCCACAAAGAUCUGAGCCGAUGGAGAUGCUAACACACAGUACUGAUCACUUUGCCACUACUUGUUACCACGUAAUAGUAUAUUUAUAUUUUUAUUUAUUUUCCGUUGUUACUGUAUAAUUGUUAGGAUCGGCCUGCAAUGCUAGUUAAGCAAGGUUUUUUCAGCCAGUGUUCCGGAUAAUAUUGAAACAUCAAUAUUGUAGUAAAAGUUAACAGUCAACAGUUCAAAUACAGAAUUACUUACCAGAAAUUUAUCAGUUAAAAAUUUUAAUUUUUAUGCUUGUUUUUUUACCAUUAAUUUAUUCGAUUUUAAACAAACAAACAUAUGUUUAAACGUAAGAUCUGCAAAAUAAAAGGUUUAAGCUGCAAAAUUAAAUUAGUAAUUUUAGGUUGUUUGAAAGAGAAAAUUUAAGGUAAAUUAACAACAACGUUAUACAUUUAUAAGUGUAUCUGACCUCCUAAACAGUAAAAUGAAAAAAAAAAAAUAAGGCAUUUAUAUUGAUACAAUGUGAUAUGGUAAAUAUUUGAUUGCAAGGACCUUUUUUUUUUUAUUAUUCCUCAGUUUUUCUUUUUAUUGAUUUAUUGCACUUCCUGUUUGCAUGGUCUCUUUCAAGAACUGAAAUGUUCUACAGUUAAUGUGUAGUAUUAUGUUUUGUAAUUUUAUAUUGGGUGUGAAAUGUGGAAGUAUCUGGCAAUCUUUAAACAAUGACUUAAGACAUAUCUGUUUGUUUCAGUUAAUCCCUCCCUCAAAACAAACAAAGCAAAACUUUGCCUAGUAACCCAGUGUAAGGAUCUAUCCAAUGAUGGAAACUACAAAGGACUUCUCCUUUGUAGUCGCUCUGGAUAGGAGCGUCUGCCCAAUGCUUAAAUGUGAAAUGCCAAAAAAAAAAAAGAUUUGCCAUUGUAUUGUGGGAUUUCUGUUUUGUCUAUAACUUUGUGCUGUUAAUAAGAUAUGGAGUCAUGCAGACUUUAAAUGUUUAUAUAUAAAUGUAAAUUUAUUUUUUACUUUCUAAUAUUAAAAAUCUACAUAUUUUGUGGUUUAAGAAUUAAAGUAUACAUAAAUA